CACCCCUGGCACCCCGAAGCCCGCACCCCACCAGCACCAGAUUAUCAACUUUUACUUGUGGUGUUAGUUCGGGCAAUGAUGGCUCAACUCCAGCAAGGAGGCCCAGAUGAAAAAGAGAAGACUACUGCAUUAAAAGAUUUAUUGUCUAGAAUAGACUUGGAUGAGCUAAUGAAAAAAGAUGAGCCACCACUUGAAUUUCCUGAUACUCUGGAAGGAUUUGAGUAUGUUUUCAAUGAAAAGGGGCAGUUAAGACACAUAAAAACUGGUGAGCCAUUUGUUUUCAAUUACCGUGAGGAUUUGCAUAGAUGGAACCAAAAGCGAUACGAAGCUCUUGGAGAGAUCAUUACUAAGUAUGUUUAUGAACUACUGCAAAAGGAGUGCCACUUGAAGAAAGUAACUCUUCCAGUUGAUGCAUCUGAGACUGAACCAAAGAGCUUUAUCUUCAUGAGUGAGGAUGCAUUAACAAAUCCUGAUAAGCUGCUGGUCCUAAUUCAUGGGAAUGGUGUGGUCAGAGCAGGUCAGUGGGCCAGAAGACUUAUAAUAAAUGAAGAUCUGGACAGUGGCACACAGAUACCAUAUAUAAAGAGAGCUAUUGAGGAAGGCUAUGGAGUGAUAGUACUGAAUCCCAAUGAGAACUAUAUUGAAGUGGAGAAGACAAAAGCCCAAGUACAGCUGUCUUCUGAUAGCUCAGAUGAACCUGCAGAAAAGAGGGAAAGAAAAGAUAAAAUCCAGAAGGAAACAAAGAAGCGACGUGACUUCUACGAAAAGUACCGAAAUCCUCAAAAAGAAAAAGAAACCAUGCAGAUGUAUAUUAGAGAUAAUGGAUCUCCUGAAGAACAUGCAAUUUAUGUUUGGGACCAUUUUAUUUCCCAGUCAGCUGCAGAGAACGUGUUUUUUGUUGCUCACAGUUAUGGUGGACUUGCCUUUGUAGAGUUGAUGAUUCAACGAGAGGCAGAAGUAAAGAAUAAGGUAACUGCUGUGGCGUUGACAGACUCUGUUCACAAUGUGUGGCAUCAAGAAGUUGGGAAAACUAUUCGAGAGUGGAUGCGAGAGAACUGCUGCAACUGGGUGUCCAGCUCUGAGCCCUUGGACACCUCGGUGGAGUCCAUGCUGCCAGAUUGUCCCCGUGUCUCUGCAGGUACGUGGGUUGGAUACGUGUUUGUGCCCAGGCACAGCUUUAUUUUUAAAUUCUUUUGGUUCUAG